AUGAAGAUUGUACUGAAGAGAUUGGAGAGAACCGCAAACACGCGGGUCCGAAUGGGUCUGACAUGGUGGCAGAGGGCUGUGCGAUGGGCCGUGACAGUGGGUGUGGAAGAAGAGGGGAGUGAAGUGGCCGUGGCGGAUGUGAGACGCAGUUACGAGGGCCAAGCACAGGUGACAAACUACGCGUUCUUCCUCGGUGGGCGGUUGCGCACGGUGCAUAGGGCACGGCGACAGUACCUUGUCAGUGUCGCUGUGGCCCUUGUUGUCCCGCCCGUCUUGUUCUCCGUGUUCGAAGUGCCCUGGUUACUGGGGGCCGCCGAUGGCAGUGGUCCCUCACGGUACAUCGCAUUGAUCGUCGUGUUCUACUACUGCUGGGCAAUGGCCGCGGUGAACUUUGUACAAAGCAGCACCACGGGCCCAGGUGUACUCCCUAGAAACAUACACGUCCCCAAAGUUGGUGGUCCCCCUGGCCAGACUCCAGUACAAUCACCACAGGAGUACUACAACAUUGUGACUUUGCCGACUGCACAGCGGUCCGCACACGUCGAGGUCAAGUACUGCACCGCUUGUAAGAUCUGGCGCCCACCUCGGGCGUCGCAUUGCAGGAUUUGCCAAGUGUGCGUGCAAACGCAGGACCACCAUUGCGCCUGGAUCAACAACUGUGUCGGACAGCGGAACUACCGGUACUUCCUGACGUUCCUCACAGCUACCUGCGCUACAUGCACGGUCCUGUUCGUGUCCUCAGCGAUCCACUUGUCCCACGAGACACGCGCCGUACCGAUAGUACUCGUCGCGUAUUCGGGCAUCGCACUGUGGUACCCGCUCGUGUUGCUCGUGUACCAUGUGUGCAUGACCGCUACGGGGCAGACUACAAGAGAGUUCCUACACACGCUCGACGGGGUCAAGAACCCUGUCCUGCACCCGCGUGUCCGCAGAGUGCCCGGGAACCCGUUCGACUCGGGAUCGUACGCGAAGAACGUCGGACGACUCAUGGCACAGGCUAGGGGACCGAACAACUGGCCGCCAAGAGAACACACCGCAGCGACAGACUGGCGACUCAGGCGGUAA